AUGUCAGAACAAGUGCUUGACAAGGAAACAUGGCCGAUGGAAGCCGAGGCGGCUAUCAACGACAUCAGGAAACACGUGAACUUCGCCCAAGUAGCUCCCAAGCUGAAGAGCACGGACCAAAAGAUAUACAUUAACAUCACGACGUUGGAGAACUCGCAAUACUGUAUAGAGAUGUCGGCGUCUGGCUUCAGAGUGGUCGGCAGGAAAUACAACGAUACUAGCCUGUCCUCCAUAGAAAACAUGAACUAUGAAACUCCUUACGCGCUGUUGAACAGCAUAAGUCAGAAAUACAGGGAGUCGUUCGGAGGAGAGCUUAUGAACAAGCUGUUGGAUCUCGCAAAGAAUUCUGAAGGCUGA